UAAAUCGUUUUCUAAGGUUAAUUUUAUUUAGAAAAGAUCCAGUUACAAUGCCAUCAUCUUUUUGUUUAAUUCAGCAGUAAAAUGCGUUUGAAAUGCAUUUUGUUUGCCAUACGUUGAUAUAUAUUACGCCCGUUAGCAUUUUGCACGUUACCGGUUGAAAAACGUUUUGCACGCACCUAUUUUUUAGGAUACCGGAGACAACCAGCGCUCUGGGUCAAUACGCUUAAAAUGUUAUAGAUACUUCCCCACAAGGUGCAAGGCCAUGUCGCACGAACUUGAAUAGAAUUUAGUUCCAUUGGAUUUUUUGAUUACUUUAAGUCGCAACUUACAGCAAAGCAGUUUUUUAGACAACAGCGCAGUAGAAUAGGGGUAUUCUGUAAGGGUUUUGUCCUUUCUAGAUAAAUGGCGCUGGAAUAUUUUUGCCUCGAAAGGGCUUUGAAUGACGUUGAAGGUCCACUAUCGGUCGGUCAAUGCUAAUACGGGCUGUAAUUGUCACGGGUUUAAGCCAACGAUCGACUUUGCGCUUAUGAAAUGAUCAAAAUGCCCACCGAGCAAGUUUCCUCACUUACGCUGUCAUAAGGAGCCGUUCGCUGGUAGGUAUUACGUCAUUUUACUAUGACGUCAUCGCUUGUUCUUUAAGUUUUAUUUCAUGGCCGCAAAAAAAACGAAGACCACCGGUUGAUCCAUCACACGCAAUUUGAACUGGCCUAACCUACGUCAUAUAUGUUCUAUGUUACAUCGGGUGACGUUUUUAUGAAGGCACUAUCGAUUCGAAUCCAUUAAAGUAGAGUGUGUUAUUAUGUUCUCAUAAAGAAAUCCUUGUUGUGUCAUAAAUGAUUAUGAAAUACGGCCCCGUCCAGAAUAUGACACCAAAGAUCGAAGUUAUGAAGAGGAAUGGCGCCUAAUUGAUUUGCCUGCUGCUCUCUUAGACCAACGAGGUUGCCGUACCUGUAACGCUGUACAUGUAUUUCUACCCAUGAGCACUGGAGCUGCCAGUCGCGGGCGUUUACCGCCGACAAAAUAUAGGGGGGCGUGCAUUAAACGGUAGACGUGUCACUGCUGAUUGAAAAUGGAUCAGCAAAAAUAAGCCUUAUACUGAGAAUGUGGCGCCGCGCUCGCUGCUGUGUUAAUGUGCUGCUCCAUUUAGACUCCCUGCGGGACUGAGCAAAGUCGGCUUUCCAUUUCAACUUAGUACUUGCUGCUAUUACAUCGGAAACAUGAAAAAAAAUGAAGUUAGUAUAAGUCUAUAUAGGGUGCGUAUUGCCAGGGGCUUGGUUCACGAAGUAAUUAUCUUUCAAACGCAGGCAAAGAGUUAGCGCGGUCGAGGUAUACAGGUAAUAUAAUUUCAAUGGUAUAGCAAUGCGUAAUUAAAGGUUUUGAUUACUAUUGCGGCGAAUUGACGGAUAGCAUGUUUCACAAGCAUGAUUGCUGUGUUUUAAUAAUGUCUUGAUUCUCACGAUGCGUAUUGGUUUCUUUAAAGUGAUGCCACGUGUUUCACACCACGCCGUUCUCUCAUCCACGAGCAAAGGCUCAAAGUGAGUGAUCCAAUUUCACAGCGUUGGCUGCGGUUGUUAUUGCGUGGUGAGAAUGCGUGUUUCGUUGCUAUAUAUCUCCACCGAAAUAGAGACUUCGACUAAAUUGUUGAAUUUAUAAAAUAUUAAUCGACGUCGCGGUGCAAGCGACUAAUGAGCUGUUAAUCUAUUUGAACGUGGUGUGGCUGGACAGAAAUAAAAUCCGACCGGAUUCGGGCCGCCUGCCAAGUCUGUUUUGGUCGUCUACCAGUGAUGUACCAGUUAUAAAUGCAAGAUAUAAUGUCACGUCGUGAUCUGAUAAACUACAUGUUUUGACUAGAAGCGUUGACGAGCGGACGUGGAUAAACACGUUGUACUUUAAGUAAUUUGAUAAUUGGCCGAAAUUAAUGUUUCCUACGCUAAUGUUUCCUUUAUGUGUUAUGAAGUAUAGGAUAUCAGGAAUGUUGAAAGGGGUAUAACGUUUUUUGGUCAAUUAGCGGCAUCUCGUUAUACUCAAGUUUCUGUUUUGUAGAUGCAAACCUUGCCAUUGCGUAGACAUUAAUCACUGAUAGGCUAUUUCGUAAUACUUGUUUGUUUGGUGGAAAAAGAGCGGUCUACCCAUGUUACGUGAGGGGAAUGAGCGCUGUGCUUGAAUCUGCAACGCUGACCGUGACGCCAAACCAUUCUGUGACGUCGCAAUACUAUAACGACGUUCAGCAGAGUGACGUUGGUCAGGUGUUUGGUGAGAUCCCAUUGGCAGGCCCAGUAAGCAUUAUCGGUCGUCGCCACUCGCUGGCAAGCAUCGCUUCCAAAACAUUUAACCGGAACGUUAAGCCUAAAGUUCCCGAUAGCGGGUUCGAAGCUCGGUUCGACCCGCGAAACACGGAGGGCUUCCCAGAUCGACACCACUUCGAGCAGCAAGUACCACACGAGCCUGUCCGGCGAAGUUACAGCGCGGGAACGGCUGGAAUCGACGCCAUUUUCCCUCAGGCCGAUAUCCAGCAUCGUUCGUGGAGGGAGGACGCUUAUAGAAGUCGCGGGCAUUGCGCUUCCGUCGACGAAUCCGCGCUUUCCGCAAACGAAUUGCGGAAUCGUUUUCUGCACGACCAACCACACAGAGUAAGAUCCGACUGUGCGGUGGACGAAGAGGCAUUUCAACAACAAGGAUCGGUGUUUUUUCCUCAACCACGACAUUCCCAAUUGCUUCAAAACAUCGUUGGAAACCUGACCGCGUCCGCGCAUUUUACUUCGGUCAAUUCGCCACCGGUUGCUUCGCCAGAUAACUUCAACGUGGCGGUGGCGGCAGCAGCGGCGGCGCAGCGGUAUCCGCAGUUCCUACCGAGCUCGGCGUUCGUCCAUAGUACAACACAGGGCCACCAGUUCGUGGAGGAUCAAGCAGGUUACGCGAACGCGCAAAACAAUCCCGGCACCCUGACGCCGAGAUUUGAGUUCGGUAAGCCCGCCGAGGGUUUCCCAGGCUCGUCUCACGUUUCAGCAUUUCCUUACGGCAGACAUCGGCAUCAAAGCGCCAGCGUCGCCCCGGGCAUUUGCCCAUCUACAGCGGCCAUGUUGGCCUAUGAUACGCCACCUUACUCGUUUUGUUCCAUCCAGGACGAAUUUCACCCCUUCAUUGAAGCACUGAUGCCACACGUAAAGAGCUUCGCAUACACAUGGUUCAACCUACAAGCGCGAAAACGAAAAUAUUUCAAAAAACACGAAAAGCGGAUGAGUCCCUCGGAGGAGCAGGCCGUCAAAGAGGAACUCCUCCGAGAAAAACCGGAGGUGAAACAAAAAUGGGCCUCUCGUCUUCUCGCAAAGCUGAGGAAAGACAUUCGACCAGAAUACAGGGAAGAUUUCGUUUUAACCAUCACUGGCAAGAAGUCGGUUUGUUGCAUUUUAUCCAAUCCUGACCAGAAAGGAAAAAUCCGUAGAAUUGAUUGUCUUCGACAAGCCGAUAAGGUUUGGAGACUUGACUUGGUGAUGAUUAUCCUGUUUCGGGGACUUCCCCUCGAGUCGACUGACGGAGAACGCUUGUGCAAGUCACAUGCUUGCGGACAGAAUGCUGGCCUUUGUGUGCAACCUUAUCAUAUUAGUGUUACUGUAAAGGAGCUGGACCUGUACCUUGCUAAUUACGUCAAAGACGAAGGGGCAAAUGACGACAAAGAAGACUCGUUAAGAGAAGAUAUUUGUAAAGUUGUCGGAGCAACUCGAGCAUUCAAAACAAGUGGUGUUUUCGGAGUCCAUGAGAUUUACCGAAUCGCUAAAACCCCAAUAAUCAGCAGUGACAUACAUAAUAUUGGGAUGGGAAACUCAAUAGAAAGUUCCUCGUAUUAUUACGCAAGUCAUCACCAUGACAACCGUGUUCCUCCCCCCAGCCCCUUGGUGAUACGUCAGCAACCCGGGCAUUCCCAAACAAAGAGGUUGAAAUCAUCCGGAAGUUCCAUGUCAGCAGAGGAGGUUAAUGGGAUCGAGAGCGGAGGAGAGAACGAUGCGGAGACGUUUUAUAAUCGUCCUCCGAGCUCACACCACUCCUGGCAUGGAAGCCCUUUGCAGUCUCCAACUAUUAAAACAACUCGAGCCCAGCCUGAUUUAAAUGGUGGCCAUUCCUCUGUUACGUCACCGGGAUCCGGUGGGAAUGAAAUGUUACCGCCAAGUACGCCUGGCUCAACCAGUGGACCAGUAUCUGCAUUUCCGCGCUUGCAAGGUUCUCAUUCAUCACCAUGGCACCCAGUACUUCAGCAAAGCCACCAUUUUCCUUAUGGGGCUACGCAGUCUUUUUAUCACCCGCGGCAAGAUUUAAAAGAUUUUGCUCAGUUCGCUUGUCUAUCUGCGGAAGCCGCCAAGCAUACACCAAGUCAGAUUCUCAGUUAUCAUCCGCAUUCUGUAUCUCACAUGGCGCUUGGUCAGUCCGGUCUCUCUGGCGCCACCACACGACCAAGUAUUCAUCAACAGCAAACCUCUCCGCACGAUGCCGCUGCAGAGCGAUGGUCACACGGUCAAGUGGAAAACCAAUCUGCCGACUACCAUCCUAUGCUUUCAAAUGAAAGGCUUCAAAGUGUCGUGCCCGGGUUAAACCCUGACGAGGCAUUGGUGGCAGAAGAUCGUUUAUUUCCGCCGAUCCCAGGCGCUAUGAUGGAUCAGUCACGUAACAGUGCCGGUGGCGUUUCUUCGCAAUCAUCUAAUCAGAGCGCUCCCUUGUCCAACAAAGAAUGAAGCCAUUGUUACAACCUGCCUUUCGCUAUAUGAUCUCAACCUCGCUGUAUGAGCAGUAUGGAUUAACUACAAUGCGUACGGUAGAGAGGACAUUCAUAUAUACUCGGAAGUUUAUUUUAUUACCUCGAAAAAACAAGUACAGCUUAUACGUCAUGUUGUUGUGACGUAACAAAAAGCAUUGUCGAAUAUGAUGUUACCUCAUACAAUACCUGGCCUCAAGAAGCUACUAUUUCAUCCAAUCAAGUUCCUCCUACAAGUUCACGUGAUCAGACCUCGUCUGGUGCUCCAAAAGUUCCAAGGUGUGUCUGAUGACGUCACGGUGACGUCACGUUGUCGUUACAUCGUGUCAAUCAAACUUAUAUUAACGAAAUGUAGUAAAAGACAUUCGUCGAAAGUGUAUAUAAGCAAGUAUAGCUAUCACAGAUUCGAGAUUUUAGUCAAUUUGAAUUGAUGACGUCAUAUUUGAUGACGUAAUCGUUAAAUGACGUCACUUACAUUGAUAGAGUUUAGCUCUCUAAAUGUCAGCAUCCUGUUGUUACUGAGUAUAUUAUUUAUUAGCAUGAUUCAUAUAUAAAAAGACAUAUCUCACACAAAACACUCAUGAUACAAACUUUUCACACUUUUGUUUAUAUAGGGAUCACACUGCCUUUUCGCCCUUUUGAGCAAUCUGUAGUUCAUUUUAAAAAUUAAUUCUUUAGAAUCAAUUGUUAUAUAGUAUGAUCGGGGAAGAUGGGACACCUUUUCACUCCAUUUUCUCGUCUGAUUUGGUAUAAACUAAAGGAACUCUGAAGUAAUAUAAAACUGUAUCCUUACGACUCCCAUAGACCGUUGGUAAAUGUUUAAAACACGAUCAGGAAGUUUGGAUAUUAUGUGCUAAAGUUCUCCCAUGUUCCCCACAGUACUCUACAUAUGAAGUGGUAUCGUUAAAAAGUUCCUAUAUAAACAAUUAAGUGGACUUGAAAAAGUUCAUCGUUGAAUUUGUCCGAUAUUUUAUCAGUUCAGUAUUUUUGUCGUUGUUUCUAUUUGUUCAAUCUGCAAUAAAUGAAUCAGUAAUGACUUCGCAAA